UCCGCCUCGAAACAGAAGAACACACCAGUUUCUCAAACACUGCGAGCGCAACAUUUUGAAAACCCUCGACCGGGUGCCUGCCGGCGUCCGGCGAGGCGGCGGGCCAUCCCCAUUCCACCCCCUCCACCCGGCAGUCGGCAUCUCAGAAGACUCGAAAGAAGAAGAAGCGGGGCGAUGGAAGACGGCGACGAGAGCGCCGCGUCGGCGGCGGAGGCGGCGCUGGGGCUGAAUCCGCAGCUUUUCGUCGACGAGGUCCACGGCAUCAUUGACGACAUCAGAGCCGGGGCCUUCGAGUACUGCCUCCAGGCAGCGGCCGCACCAGGGGUCCUCGGCGCCGCCAGGGCUGCAGAGAAGGCCACUGAUCUCCAGCGGGGAUUAAAUGCUAUUCACCAUGUCGUAAAGGAUCGACUGGAUAAGAGAAUGGCCAACUGGGAGAAAUUCUGCUUACUGCAUUGCUUCAAUGUACCCGAAGGUUUUGUGGCUGCUGAAGAUGAUAUUUCUUGUGCAAAAGAAUCACACAAAGAUGACACUUCAGAUUUGGAUUUGGAAAUUGACUCCUUGAGGAGAAAGCUUGAAAGUGCUAACAUGGAGUCUCAAAAUCUUGAAAGAGAGAUGUCGUCAUUGGAAAGGCAAACUACAUACAGAACAAAACUUGAUUCUUCUGUCUCUGAGAUACAAAAGUUGCUUGAAGACUCUGUGCAGGAAAAUUUUGAAGGUCUUGUGAAGGCAAUACCGGUAUUGCAGCAGAAAGUAAUAGAUAUGAGCAAGAAAAGGAUGGCGACCACAUGUUUGGUAGAUCAACAGGUUUGGAACAUGAACAAUUUGACAGACAACAAGCGACAAACACUGGAUAAGAGUUUUACUGCACGUGCUGAAGACAUUCAAGAUGUCAUCAGUACCUUACAGAACAAGAGUCUUGUGGGGCCGCCAUUACUCCUACAGGGAGCGCAGGAUCAGGGCCGCAGACACCUAGAUGGCGCCAGCAACAGCAACAUUCCAGGGAACAGCAAGAAGGCAAGAGUUAAGAGGAUUAAAGACGGCAAGAAAUAAGGGAUUUAAGGAGUUUGUUUCCUUUUGUUUAGUAGGCGUGUACCAGUCCUCAUUUGGGAUCGAGCAAUAACAACCAAUUUCCUAAUUUCCCUCAUCUCUCAA